AUGUGGAUAGAAAAAUAAGAUAAUAUGGUGGGUCUAGUAGCACUCUUAUGGAUAUUGCUUAAAACUGAAAUCGAUUGGUGUGUGGUGGAGGCAAAAAUGGGAAGCAAGAGCAUGCCGAAAUUGCCACUCCCGCUGGCGGCAAGCGGGAAAAGCAUGCCGGUGAUAGGGUUAGGGACGUUUCCUUCAGCCGGCAGUGAAGCCACAAAAGCAGCCAUUCUCAAUGCAAUCAGAGCUGGAUACACGCACUUUGACACGGCUGCUGCUUACAACACAGAGCAGUUUUUGGGUGAAGCCAUUUCAGAAGCUCUUUCUCUUGGCCUCAUCAAUUCCCGGGAUGACCUUUUCAUCACUUCCAAGCUCUGGUGUAGCGACGCACACCCUCAUCUUGUGCUGCCUGCCAUUCAUAACUCUCUCAGGAAUCUUCGGUUGGAUUUCCUUGAUCUGUAUCUGAUUCAUUUUCCGGUGAGUAUGAAGCCGGGAAAAUUUGAUUUUCCUAUUAAAAAAGAGGACCUUCUUCCCAUGGAUUUCAAGUCGGUUUGGGAAGCCAUGGAGGAAUGUCAAAACCUUGGCCUCACCAAGUCCAUAGGAGUCAGCAACUUCUCUUGCAAGAAGCUUGAAAUCUUGCUUACCACUGCUAAAAUUCCCCCUGCAGUCAACCAAGUGGAGAUGAACCCAGUUUGGCAACAGAAAAAACUAAGACAGUUUUGCGAGAAAAAGGAUAUAGUUAUUGCAGCCUAUUCUCCACUGGGGGCAAACGGAGCUUUUUGGGGGACAAAGAGAGUCAUGGAUUGUGAGGUGCUCAAAGAGAUUGCGCACGCCAAAGGAAAAACCCUAGCCCAGGUUUGUCUGAGGUGGGCUUAUGAGCAAGGGGUGAUCGUGGUGGUGAAGAGCUUUAACAAGGAGAGGAUUAAAGAAAAUAUUGACGUAUUUGAUUGGGAGCUGAGUCCUGAGGAUUUGGAUAAGAUCAAUCAAAUUCCACAAAUCAGAGGGUACCAAGGAUUUGACUUCAUUUCAGAUGAAGGCCCUUGCAAGUCUCCUGAGGAGCUUUGGGAUGGAGAGAUUUAGUCCUCGUGUUUCACAAAUUGCACGAGUUAUGGUUGCAUGAUUGUUGAAUGAAUGUACCUUUUUUUUUUUUUCCGAACAAAAAUCAAUGUACUUUUUAGAAUACCAAAAUCAAACAUUGCAAGUGUUUUUGUUCUUUGUU